AUGAAGUUCGCCUUGACCAUCGUCCCUCUCCUUGCCGGACUCGCCUCCGCUGGGCAGAUCCUGUUUUGCAACACCGAGCGUUGCGACGGCUCGUGCAGUUUCCAGAGCCCUGCUGGUAACGGUGCCUGCCGACAGCUCGGAGGCAUCAAGAGCGCCAAGGCUACCCAGGUUGAUGCUGGCUGCAGCUUCACCGUGUACACCGACUCCAACUGCAGCAAGCAGGCAACCACUGUUGGACUCAACCAGUGCGUUUUCUUCGGACUCGGUCUCCUGUCCUACUCCUACGACUGUUAA